CAGCGCUUUGUUAUGCAGCUUCGGAGCAUUGUGCUGAUCAUAACAUCACUAUACAGCGCUAUUCCUGCACCUUUUUAGAUGUUUGCCGACGGAAAUGGACGUUUAGCAGGCCUUAAACCUUAAAACCUUAGUGUUUGUGAAUGUGUGAUUCAAUUUAACAACCGAUUUAUUUAUGUUUCAUUUGACCAGAUCUGCUCUUCCUGCCACACAAGAAUAACUCCUCUUCUCCUACAACAAUUCAUUAAUAAAUGCUGGAAUAUUCACAUCAGCCUGAAAGUGAAGAAUAUAGAGUUUAAGAAAGAGCAGAGAACAUGAAUGAACCCUGCAGAAUAAAACAAGAAGAAGAAGAAGAACCAAGAGACCUGAAGGGAGAAAACAAGGAAAGCGAAGAAAUUGCUGAAGCGGAGGAGAAACACGAUGUCAAAUCCGUAAUAAAGUCCUUGAGCCACUCGCCGAAAAGAAAAGCCAAAAAAUCUUUUACCUGUUCUCAGUGUGGAAAGCGUUUCUCAUACAAACAAAGUCUGAAAAUUCACAUGAGAGUUCAUAGUAAAGAGAGGCCUUUCACAUGUGAUCAAUGUGGGACGAGUUUCGCACUAAAAGGAUCCCUUAAACAUCACAUGAAAAUCCACACUGGAGAGAAGCCAUACACGUGUGAUCAAUGCGGGCAGAGUUUCACACAUGUCAGCACUCUUAAAUUACAUGUGCAUUCUCAUUCUGGAGAGAGGCCAUAUAAAUGCGACCAGUGCGGUAAAAGAUUUAUUAGGAUAGGAUCCCUGAGGACUCACUUGAAAGUUCAUACGAAGGAGAAGCCUUAUGUUUGUUCUCUGUGUGGAAAGAGUUUUAGUCAGACAGGUGCUUUAAAUACGCACCAGAUAAGGCACAGCGGUGUGAAGAAUCACAUGUGCUUUGAAUGUGGAAAGUCCUUCAUUAGAGAUGCUGAACUGAAACAGCACCAGAAAACUCACACUGGAGAAAAACCUUACAAGUGUUCACACUGUGACAAGAGUUUUAGUCAAACAGGACAUCGCAAAAUACAUGAGAGGAUCCACACUGGAGAGAAGCCGUAUACAUGUGAUCAGUGCGGGAAGAGUUUUACACAUCCAAACACUCUUAGAUUACAUCUCCUUUCUCAUUCUGGAGAAAGACGGUAUAACUGCGAUCAAUGCGAUAAAACAUUUGUUAAGGCAGUGUGCCUGAAGUCCCACCAGAAAGUUCAUUUAAAGGAGAAACCUUACAAGUGUUCACUGUGUGAAAGGGGUUUUACUCAAGUGAGUGCUUUAAAAUCACACCAGAAAAGACACAGCGGUGUGAAAGAUUAUAUGUGCUUUGAAUGUGGGAAGACUUUUAUUACGAACGCUGAAUUGAAACUGCACCAGAGAACUCACACUGGAGAAAAACCUUACCAGUGUUCACACUGUGACAGGAGAUUCAGUUGGUUAGCAUCUCUGAAAAUACAUGAGAGGAGCCACACCGAGAGAAGCCGUACCCCUGCUCUUCGUGUGGGAAGAGCUUUAGUAAAUUAGCUUCUCUACGCAGUCAUACAAAAGGAAAAUGUCCAAUGGAAGAAAGGCUUCCUUCUAUAUAAAUCUUUCCUAAUCAGUUGCAAUGAGUGUCUGGACAAUUCAGAUCAACAAAAAGAGGCUAUAGCAUAUUUAACUAAGUCAUGUGUCUGAUAUAUAAAUAAUACAAAUGUAAAAAUUAGACCUUGUUCUUCAUCCUUGUGCGUAAGUGCUUAGAUCAUCUUGUUCUUUUGCCACUUGGGUCUAUUUUCCAAAUGCAGGUGCAAGAUAUACUGUUUUUCUACCAUAUAAUGCAAUAUGAUGGCAGGAAAAUGGACACAGUUCUGAUGUCUUGCUGUAACUACACAUCCGUCUUCAAACAGUUUUAAAGGAAUUUAUGAUUUAAAUAAAAACUAUUUAAACUUCAUGUAGGGUGAAUUCGGGUAAUCUGGGACACCUAAACUCCAGUGUGUUUAUUUCCUGCUCUAAUAAAAUUUAGUCAACAGGACUUUUACUUUUAAUUUUAGCAUGGAUGUCAUGUGACAAAAAUCACAUGACUUCAUGGGGGUGAUUCCACAGAAAGGGGCGGGGCACUUGUCAAUCAAGAAGCUCCCCUUGGAAUUGCAUGACAAGGUCAAUGACAUAGGAUUCUGACGAGAUUAAUGUUAGAUUCAUAAAUCUGUCAUAAAUAAGACAAUGUUCCUAAUUGUUGUCAAAUUAUGUUUGUGAUCUGUUCAAGCAACAAAAUAUGUAUUAAAGUGUUGAAAAUGUG